AGUCUGGGCAAAUCUCUCAGACAUGCCAGGGGCCGCGAGGCCCAGCGAAGGAGGCAGAACAGGUUUUCUAACAGCGACGUCAACGUGCCAGGCGUCAAGUGGGUGGAAGUCUUGUACCGAGGGGACACUGUGUGUGACAACGAGUGGGACAGCAGCGACACCAAUGUGGUGUGCAGGCAUUUGGGCUGUAGUUGGAUCAUGUUCCCUGAAGGUGUGGGGUUCGGUCAGGGCUCUGGGCUGAUUGUCCUGGACGACGUGAGCUGCUCAGGGCGUGAGUCCCUGCUGUGGAGCUGCCCAUACAGAGACUCGAAGUCACACUACCGUAACCACGAUGAGGCUGGUAUCAUAUGCUCAGCUCAGCCAGAGCCCACCAGGAUGAAGCGGGAGCCGCCGAGCUGCACUAGUGGGGACAGUGUUGGCCUGGCUGGAGCUGUGGGCUGCACCCUGACUGUGCUCCGUGUGGGCAUCGUGGCCGUGAGGCGGGCCCCUGGGUCUGGGUCAGGCCUCCGAUCUGUGUGUCUUAGACAGACAGGCAGUGUUGUCCUUGUGCCCCCUAUACACAUCGGGUCAGAAUCACCUUUGUCCCUGAGGCUGGUGAACGGAGGUGACCGGUGUCAGGGCCGGGUGGAGGUCCUGUACCGAGGCUCCUGGGGCACCGUGUGUGACGACGACUGGGACACCAACGACGCACGUGGUUGGGUGUGCAGGCCGCUGGGCUGUGGCUGGGCCAGGUCGGCCCCAGGAAGUGCGCGGUUUGGUCAGGGCUCAGGGCCGAUUGUCCUGGACGACGUGCGCUGCUCAGGACAGGAGUCCUACCUGUGGAGCUGCCCGCACAGAGGCUGGAACUCACACAACUGUCACCACGGGGAGGACGCCGGCGUCAUCUGCUCAGACAUCGGGUCAGAAUCACCUUUGUCCCUGAGGCUGGUGAACGGAGGUGACCGGUGUCAGGGCCGGGUGGAGGUCCUGUACCGAGGCUCCUGGGGCACCGUGUGUGACGACGACUGGGACACCAACGACGCCAACGUGGUGUGCAGGCAGCUGGGCUGUGGCUGGGCCAGGUCGGCCCCAGGAAGUGCGCGGUUUGGUCAGGGCUCAGGGCCGAUUGUCCUGGACGACGUGCGCUGCUCAGGACAGGAGUCCUACCUGUGGAGCUGCCCGCACAGAGGCUGGAACUCACACAACUGUCACCACGGGGCGGACGCCGGCAUCUUCUGCUCAGCUUUUAUUUCUUGGAGUACAACCAGCCCUGACGCCAUCGCCCCGCCCGUUUCCCUUCCUGUAUCUUCAGAAGGAAGUGAAAGCUGGCCGCAAUUACAACUAGUGAGUGGGUCAGGCAGAUGCUCUGGACGUGUGGAAGUGUUCUACCGUGGCCAGUGGGGCAAGGUUUGUGAUGACCACUGGGACAUGAAUGACGCCGAGGUGGUAUGCAGGCAGCUGAACUGUGGGCAGGCCCUCGCAGCCCCUGGUGAGGCUGAAUUUGGUGAAGGUGAAGGCAAGUUUCUGUUGAAUGAUGUGGACUGUACAGGAAGAGAGAGUUUUCUGGGACAGUGUCCUCAUGCUGGCUGGUCCCUCCAUAACUGCGGUCCUGGAGAAGAAGCCGGUGUCGUCUGCUCAGGUAACGCACAUCUCAUUAUCUACCUUGUAAACAGCAUCAGAAGGUGCUCGGGACAGGUGGAGGUUCUCCACGGGGGCUCUUGGUGGGCAGUGUGUGUUGACAGCUGGGGUCUGAAGGAGGCACAUGUCGUGUGCAGCCAGCUUAGGUGCGGCCAGGUGGAGUCUGCUUCUGGCGCCCACUUCAACUUUGGGAAUGUUCUCCUGAACAACGUGCCCUGCAGUGGCGAGGAGAGCCACUUAGCCCCCUGUAUCCAUGACAUUUGGUUCACUCCUGACCGCUUCUUGGAGACUUUGCUGACCGCAGCCCCUGAGACCUGGACACCUCCACCUGCAGGAGCCCCGAUGGCUGUGAGACUGAUGAAUGGCACGGGGAGGUGCUCGGGCCGUGUGGAGGUUCUUGUCCAGGGCACAUGGGGGACCGUGUGUGAUGACCUCUGGGACCUGGCCGAAGCCACCGUCGUGUGCCACCAGCUGCAGUGUGGUCAGGCCGUGGCAGCCCCCGCAGGGGCACACUUUGGAGCAGGCUCGGGGAAGAUUGUGCUGGACGAUGUGCAGUGUGUGGGCACCGAGAGCCACCUGGGGCAGUGCAGGCACAGAGACGAGGCGGGGCACAACUGUGGGCACCUAGAGGACGCUGGGGUCAUCUGCACAGGCUCGGGGAAGAUUGUGCUGGACGAUGUGCAGUGUGUGGGCACCGAGAGCCACCUGGGGCAGUGCAGGCACAGAGACGAGGCGGGGCACAACUGUGGGCACCUGGAGGACGCUGGGGUCAUCUGCACAGCAAACACCAUCUGCAGGCAGCCGGGGUGCAGCUGGGCCACUUGCCCGCCUGAGGCCCACUUUGGUAAAGGUUCUGGAAAGAUCCUCCUGGACAGUCGCCCACUGGCUGCCAUGGCAGAGACGAUCCCUAUAGAAAAAUCUCACUGUGGCGGCAUCAUCAUCAACACAUCUGGAGCGAUUCGGAAACCCCCGCAGAGCGCGAGGCAUGAUAACAUCACCUGCGUGUGGGAAAUCAGGGCGAACGCAUCCAAUCAUGUGCUGCUGGCAUUUCCGUAUCUUGACCUGAACUGCACCAAUGAAUAUUUUGAAAUUCUGGAUGGCCCUCCAUCCUUGGCAAAGUCCCUGGGGAAGACCUGCUCUGGUUCCUACCUCAUCUACGAGUCCUCCUCCAGCUCGAUGACCGUCAAGUACUUCCGAAGCUUCAACAACACCGGGAAAAACUUCAUCGCUUAUUAUUAUUCCGCAGCCAAAGGGGACUGGCCAGAGCUGAGGCUGGUGGGCGGCUCCGGCCGGUGCUCAGGACGCGUGGAGGUCCUCCACCAGGGCACAUGGGGCACCGUGUGUGACGACCUGUGGGACCUGAACGAAGCCGAGGUCGUGUGCCGACAGCUGGGGUGUGGCCGGGCCGUGUCCGCCCUUGGGAAGGCCCACUUUGGCCCGGGCUCUGGAGAAAUCCUCCUUGACAACCUGCAGUGCGCCGGGGUGGAGCGCUACCUGGGCCAGUGCGCCCACUCAGGCUGGGCGGAGCACAAUUGCGGCCACCACGAGGAUGCUGGUGUCACCUGCUCAGGUAGGACUCACACUCCAUCUCCGUCUACAGGAGACUGGCCAGAGCUGAGGCUGGUGGGCGGCUCCGGUCGGUGCUCAGGACGCGUGGAGGUCCUCCACCAGGGCACGUGGGGCACCGUGUGUGACGACCUGUGGGACCUGAACGAAGCCGAGGUUGUGUGCCGACAGCUGGGGUGUGGCCGGGCCGUGUCCGCCCUUGGAAAGGCCCACUUUGGCCCGGGCUCUGGAGAAAUCCUCCUUGACAACCUACAGUGCGCCGGGGUGGAGAGCUACCUGGGCCAGUGCGCCCACUCAGGCUGGGCGGAGCACAACUGUGGCCACCACGAGGAUGCCAGUGUCAUCUGCUCAGGUAACCUCUCCCCUCCCAGAAAGACCAUGAUCCUCUCCCCUUCACCCCCCAACCACGCCCCUGUCACCCCGCCUCCUCCACGCUUUGAAUUCACUAAAGAAAGUAACCUAUUGCCUUUCCUUAUUCAUCCAGAUGCUGAAGACCUGCCUCCUCCCACACCUCCAGACAUUAUGACAGUGGUGUUUCAAAGUGAUUCUGUGACCACCAACACUGGCUUUCACGCUCUGUUCGAUGUGAUUCCACAAGACAAAGGAGAGUCAGAAGAUGGACCGGAGCUGCGGCUGGUAGGCGGUUCCGGACGGUGCUCAGGACGCCUGGAGAUCUUUCACCGGGGGGUCUGGGGCACCGUGUGCGACGACCUGUGGGACCUGAACGAAGCCAAGGUCGUGUGCCGACAGCUGGGGUGCGGGCGGGCCAUCGCCGCCCCUGGGAAUGCCCGUUUUGGCCCGGGCUCCGGAGAUAUCCUUCUGGACAACCUGCAGUGCUUGGGAAGCGAGAACCACCUCGGCCAGUGCCCUAGCUCCAGCUGGUCAGACCACAAUUGUGGCCACCAUGAGGAUGCCAGUGUCGUCUGUUCAGGUAGCCUCUCCUCCCAUGGCAGGAUCUUUCAGCCACAGCCUCCUCCCCACACCUUCCCCGUGGCUGCUGCCACACUCUAUGGGAGGGAGACUGGUGUGUCCCUGAGACUGGUGAACGGCAGCCACAGGUGUGAGGGCCGGGUGGAAGUCUUCUACAAUGGUACCUGGGGCACGGUGUGCGAUGACAACUGGGACCUGAUGGACGCCAGGGUGGUGUGCCAGCAGCUCGGCUGUGGCGAGGCCUUGUCCGCCCCAGCUCGGAGCUACUUUGACGGAGGUACUGGCCACAUCAUGCUGGAUGACGUGCGCUGUACAGGGAACGAAGCCGAGGUGUGGCAGUGCACGCACAGUGGAUGGUUCUCCCACAACUGCGGGCACCAUGAAGAUGCCAGUGCCAUCUGCUUAGCCUCCCUGCCUUACUCCACAUCCUCGGCCACCGUGAGUCACCCAACUUCAGGUCUGGGCCUGCGGCUGGUGAAUGGGUCGAGCAGGUGCGAGGGCCGAGUGGAAGUCUACCACGCCGACACCUGGGGCACGGUAUGCGACGACGGCUGGGCCAUAGAGGAUGCCCGCGUGGUCUGCAGACAGCUGGGCUGUGGCCUGGUCGUGUCUGCCCUCCCAGGGGCCAGCUUCGGCCCCGGAUCAGGCCACAUCGUCCUCGAUGACGUCAACUGCACGGGAAGCGAGUCCUCUCUAGGGCAGUGCCCUCAUGGUGGCUGGUUCACCCACAACUGUGGGCAUCAUGAGGACGCUGGCGUCAUCUGCUCAGAUCUGCCCGUGGUGAGGUUGGCCAACGGGAGGAGCGGAUGUGAGGGCCGUGUGGAGAUCCAGCACAAUGGCACCUGGGGGACCGUGUGUGACGACCUCUGGGGCCUGCCCGCUGCCCAGGUCGUGUGCCGGCAGCUGGGAUGCGGGGUGGCCCUGGAAGCUCCGAGGAACAGUCUCUUUGGUGAUGGCUCUGGCCCCAUCUUCCUGAACAACGUGUCGUGUGUUGGCAAUGAGACCAGCCUGGGGCAGUGCUACCACCUCGGCCUGUCCGUCCACAACUGUGGGCACCACAAGGAUGCUGGAGUCGUCUGCUCAGACUUGCCAGUCAUCAGGCUGGUGGACGGGAGGAGUCGCUGUGAGGGGCGCCUUGAAGUAUACCACAACGGCACGUGGGGGACGGUGUGCGACGACCUGUGGGGCAUCGGCGCUGCCCACGUGGUGUGCCGGCAGCUGGACUGUGGGGAGGGCGUCAGCGCCCUGGGGAGCAGCCACUUUGGGGCGGGUGCAGGGAGCAUCCUGCUGGACGACGUGCAGUGCCAGGGCAACGAGACCACGCUGGGCCAGUGCCAGCAUCUGGGCUUGUCCGUCCACAACUGUGGCCACCAGGAGGACGCCGGGGUCAUUUGCUCAGUUCUCUUCUACUCCACACCAUUUAUUUCUGGUCCAGGAGACAUCUCCAUGUGGCUGUUCACUGCUUCUCAAAACUUAACAAGUUUGUGCCUGUACGGCUGGCUGAUCGAGGCCUUGUUUUUUUUCAUCUACAGCUUCAAUCACAACUGCCGUGACCUCCGCACCAGAAGUUUGUGCCUGUACGGCUGGCUGAUCGAGGCCUUGUUUUUUUUCAUCUACAGCUUCAAUCACAACUGCCGUGACCUCCGCACCAGCCGCUUCGGCCCGGGCUCGGGACCCAUCCUACUGGACAACGUGCGCUGCGCGGGCACCGAGGAUGCGCUGGAGCGCUGCGCCCACUCGGGCUGGGCUCAACACAACUGCCAGCACCGGGAGGACGCGGGCGUGGUCUGUGCAGCCCAGCUCUCCUGCUUGACUCACCUGUUCCAAGUCGUCAUUGACCGAGGAUACCUCCGGAGACUGGGCUACUCCUCCUGGGAUGUCCACCUGAACGAUGAGCUCUGUCGCCCCCAGGUCACGGGGCGCUACCUGAUCUUCAGCAUUCCCUAUGGCCGCUGUGGCACUGUCCAGCAGGAAAGCCUGGGCUCCCGCAGCUACUCCAACUCCAUCAGAGGCCGAAUGUCGGGCCACCCCAGCCGGGUCAUUGUGAGACACAAGGUGCCUCAGCUGAAGCUCACCUGCAGGGCAGAUGGCCAGUCAGCCAUUGAAAUUGUUCCUGGGGCGGACGUCCCGAGGCAGGGUGCCGGCUACGAUGUGUCCAUAUCAUUCCUCGAGUUGCCUGUGGCCCAGCCCGCGGGGAGCAGGGGGCCGUACUAUGCCAGGCAGAGGAACGAAGUCUUCCUCCAGGCCACAGUCCGCAGCCCCAAUCCCAGCCUGAGGGUCUUCGUGGAUACCUGCGUGGCUUCUCCAGAUCCCCGUGAUUUUACAACUGUCAAGUACGAUUUGAUCCGGCAAGGGUGCAUCAAAGACAAUACCUAUGUCAACCUCCACUCUCACCAGAAGAACAUGGCCCAGUUCAAGUUCAAUGCCUUCAGCUUUCUCAGCAGCUACGAUGUGGUCUACCUGCAGUGUAAGGUCGCCGUGUGCAAAGUUAGGGACCACUCCUCUCGCUGCUCCCAGGGCUGUGUAGGGCGGGGUAAGAGGGACUAG